GCUGGUCAAAAUGUGGGCGGUUCGCGCUCGUCGCAGACUGCAAGGAGCUGCUAUCCGCGGCUCCUUCGUGUCGACGUUGCAGUCGAUCCGUGCUGCCCCUUGUGCGUUGAGGUCCGUGCUGUGGGCUCCCACAGAGAAGCAGGCGCCGUCAGACGCUGCGGUGCCCAGCCAUCAACUACUGGUGCGGGCUGGUUUUGUGCGCAAAGGCGGCCACGGACUCUUUGCGCUGCUACCGCUCGGCCGUCGCGUGGUAGCCAAGCUGGAGGCGCUAAUCGACGAUGAGAUGUGCAAAAUCGGUGGCAACCGCGUGGACCUCACGGUGCUGACACCCAACGAGCUGUGGAAGCAGUCGGGCCGGUGGCAGAGUCGCGGUCCGGAGCUUAUGACGCUUGAAGAUCGACGCGAAGACCUGCUGAUUCUGGGUCCCACACACGAGGAAAGCAUCACAAGUCUCGUGGCGGCCCAUUACAAUGCAGCAGGGACGGCAGACUCGUCCUUGAGACUGUAUCAGAUAGGCCGCAAGUUUCGUGACGAGAUCCGUCCACGAUUUGGAUUAUUGCGAGCGAGAGAGUUCGUGAUGAAGGACAUGUAUUCUUUUGAUACAUCGUAUGAAAAAGCGCUGCAGACGUACGAGGACGUCACUGCUGCAUACAAUGAGAUCUUGAUCUCAAGACUCAAGUUGCCGGUCAAACGUGUGGAGGCAGAUUCUGGAAAUAUUGGCGGCAAUCUGUCACACGAGUUUCACGUGCUGGCGGAUGUUGGUGAAGACGCAAUUCUGUCCUGUUCGUCGUCGGAGUGUGACUACGCGGCCAAUGUGGAGAAGGCGGAGGGAAACCUGCCAGUGUCGAGUGAGGAGCUUAGUGACGAAGUCUCAGCGGAGCUUAACGGAGUCAUUGCGCGGCUCCAGGACCAGGCUCGCACAGGUGAAGGACAAGUGUGGGAAACAGUAAUGGAGCUUCAGCAGGUUGCAGUUUCGCAGGGUUUCUCGGUCAAAUUCGUUAGCUCAGUGCCUCGUAUGGCAUUGUGCUUUGCUCGGCAUGAUCGUGAAGUGAAUGAACUGACAGCUAAACCGUUCAUCGGUGGUGAUGAAGGUGAAUUGCAUUUGCUGCUGGAUGAUUCUUUGAAACAGAGUAAUAACGCUUCCGUGGAGGCUCUUUGUGCCGCUGCAGAGACUCUAUCAAAGUAUCAGAAACAUACACAUCUUGCUUGGGGACACUUCCGUUUGGCGCAAGCUGGUGACUGUUGCCCACGCUGCAACAGCGGUGGCGCUGCGGUGCUUGAGGACAAGCGUGGCAUCGAGGUCGGUCACGUUUUCUACCUUGGACAGAAAUACUCGAAGCCAUUUGGUGCGACGUACACGGAUGCCAAGAACAACAAAGUUUCGCUAGAAAUGGGCUGCUACGGUCUUGGUGUUAGUCGACUGGUCGCUGCGGCUGUCGAGGCUUCACACGACGACCACGGAAUCGCGUGGCCUAUGGAGAUUGCUCCGUACAAGGUUCUUGUUAUGUCAAUUGGAGGAAAGAAACAGGACGAUCCCGUAUCCCAGGCUGCAUGGUAUGUUGCUGGCAAGCUUGCUUCUGGUGAUGUGGCUGGUUUGGUAAGAGACGAUGUUCUGCUUGACGAUCGCUGGCGAGAAAGCCCUGGGUCGAAGUUGGCCGAAUCGGAGCUUAUCGGUUACCCAUACCGUGUCGUCGUGGGCAAGCGUUUUACGAAGGAAGGUCUUGUUGAGGUGCAAACGCGAGCUACGAUGGAGAAGACCUUUUUGACGCCAGACGAGCUGCCAACUUUUUUUGCUAGCCUUGUUGAAGCUGACAAGUUCUAG